AUGGAUAUCUCGCCGCGCGAGUCCACGGCGCCGGAAGGCGAGCCGUUCCCGCUGUUGGACCUCCCUGACCUGGCGCUCUACUCCGUGCUCCACCAGCUGGAGAAGAAGGACCGCGUGGCGCUCGCGCGCUGCAGCAGGAGCCUGAAGGGGGAGUAUCCGGACUGCGCGCGCGGCACCGUCUGCGUGGGCGGCGUCGGCGUCAGCAUCGGCUAUGCCAAACACCUCCAGGAGGCCUACGAGCAGCACGGGGGCGACGCGAUGGCGAUGCUGGAGCAGUUCGUCAGUGCGGGGCUGCACAGCGCGAUCCGGCAGCUCGACAUCAACUGCCGCGACGUCCCGACGUGUCUGUCGAGCCUCCCAGAGCUAGAGAGACUGACCAUAGCUGGGGAGGACCACUACCCCGUGCCGUACCUCGCGGAGGGCGGCCUGGCGAAGCUCCGCUACCUCCAGGUCCAGCUGAUGGUCGGCGCGCUGCCGGAGGGCCUCGAGUCGCUCGAGACGCUGCACCUCGUCAACUGCCCCGCGCUCAACGAGGAGGGCGCGUGGCUCCCGGAGAGCAGCAGCCGCAAGCUGAAGAAGCUGAGCGUGUCGGCGAUGCCGGUCCCGCGUAUCCCUGCGCACUGCCCGGCCCUCGAGACUCUGGAGUACUUGUGGGCGGACUGCGACGACAGCGAGACCUGGGUGCCGCCGAGCCUGCGCGGGCAGAUCCGCAAGCUCUCGCUGGCCGGCUUCGACCUGCCAGGCAUCCCGCCGGGGCUGUCGGCCCUCGAGGACCUGUUGAUCGAGACCCACGUCGAGCCUGAGAUGCUGCAAUCCUUUCCUCCUGAGGUGCUGUUGGGCGACGUCGACGACCUACCCGUUCUCCAGCUCCCGGCCCUGCCGGCGUCGAGCGUCGCGAACCUGCGCGUGCUGCACCUGGACGGCAUGGUCUUUGGGUCCGUGCCGGCAAACAUGUCGCGCCUGGAGGAGUGCACCUUCGCAAGCAGCUUCAGGCCGCUGGAGCUGCCCGACGACGACCACGCGUGGCUGCCGGCGUCGUCGCGGCGCUGCAUCCGCAAGCUGAGCGUCCGGAGCUCGAACGUCGCUGCCAUUCCAGAGGGCCUCGACUGCAUCGAGGAGCUCGACGUCUCGAGAUGCACGCCGCUGAGGCGGGCGGAGCUCAGCUGGCUGCCGGACGGCGCAGCGCGGCGCAUCCGAAAGCUCACGAUGGACAAAACCACGAUGGAACAGAUCCCCGACACCCUGACUCAGCUCCAGGAGCUGUACGCCGACGGCUGCAAGAACAUGGCGGGGCCUUUCUCCUUCCCAGACGCCGUGACGCAGAACCUCCGCGUACUCACCAUUAGGGACGCGGGCUUUAACCGCCUGCCCGCCGGGCUGUGCUCGCUGGAGAUCCUCGACAUCUCCGACAACCACCUCGACCCGGACUGGUACCCCGCCAGCGCCAGCAAGUCGCUCCGGGUCCUGCGUGCGCGCAACGUGGACACCGUCGAGGACGGCGACGCGGUGCGGCUGCCGGAUGGGCUGGCGCAGCUGGAGCUGCUCGACGUGGCGGACAGCAAGCUCGCAGGCGACUGGCUGCCGGAGAGCAGCCGCGGCGCGCUGACCGACCUGGCCAUGAGCGGCACUGAGGUGAAGGGCGUGCCCGGGGGGUGCGCGAGGCUGCAGCGCGUGGACGUGCGCGGGUGCGGCUUCGUGGCGAGCGGCGGCGCGUGGAUGCCGGCGUCGAGCACCGGGCAGCUGCGGGUGAUCUACGUGGGCAGCGAGGAGGUGCCGCGUGUGGAUGUGCCCGCGCACGUGGAGAUCAACACCGCGCCGGACGCGCCGGACUUCACGCCGUGUCUGACGCGCGAGAAGCCCUUCCUUCCGGGGACGUGA